GUAUGUUAACAGAUUUGGGCCUGGAAUGGUUAUCUACUGGUUUGGCUUUAUUGAUGAACUUGACGAUCACUCCGAGGUUUUACUGAUCGAUAGAUUCCCAAUUGAGGAGGAGGUCACCCUUCUGCCCUCGCUUCCUGUCAAAGCGAGGCCAUAACAUCUGCGGCGUGUUACAGGCAAGCUUGCAAACUCUGGCAACUAUCAACAAUCAAGCCCUAACACUGGUCUACUGAGUGCAUCCCUUCCUGUGAUUGUGGAUCUUUAUUGGAUGGAGAUAUUUGUGGACUGAUCAGGGCCUGAGAACAGCACUGUGGCAAAUAAGGUCUGAGCAUGGACCGCAGAUGGACCAGAUGGACGCUGCUACAGGUAUCGACCGAGCUGACUUCCGCAAAGUUGGUCUCAAGCUGGACCCAUGGGGCUCAGCUGCAUCUGGGCAUAUCAAGCCUUUUGCAAAACUUGAUCCCAAGGUGCUGGUCCAAAACUGACUGGUCCAAAUGUGAGCCAGUUGGACCCUACAGUAGCACCCCUGAAAAAGGGUCUUCGACAAUUGGGGGCCCAGGUCGGUAAAAGGGGUGACCGUCUUUGAUGCUUGCGGCCCUACACUGGUAAAAGGGGUCUUUGACGAUUGUUGUCCUUGGUAUGUAAGAUCUGUGUUCUCUCAAACCGAUGCUUGGUGUGGGACAAUUGUGUUCCAACACUGGUCCUUACCUGUGGGCCUCUGUGGGUCGGGCCAACAUGGUCCCGAGGAGGUGCAGAUGCGACCUGGCUAGACCCUGGCACCUUGGGGUCAGUGGAUUAAGCCCCCUGUGGUCACAAUUGGUAGCAAUUUGGCAGUGACUGCUGAGGACACGCCGAGCUUUGGCAGUUCGCAGAUGUGGUCCCUUGUUCAUCCAAAUGAGGAUGCAGUUGACCUGCUGGACCCUAAGGGCAUCUUCACACUAGGACUUUUUUUACGUUUGGACGUAAUUGCGGUCAUAUACGUCCGGCGAUGAAUGCCGUAAGACACAUUUAUGAUAGUGCUAGUGUGAGUGCAGCACCCUAAGAGUAAGGGACCAUUGGCGCUGCGGGAUAUCUGCCCGUCAAUGUCAACUCUUGUUCGGCACUCUGUGAACUGCAAGGCAAUCUAGCUCCUGGGCACCUGUGGAUCGGUCCAGAGUCCAGACGAAGACUACUUUUUUUUGACGACUCGGGCUUGGGAAGGUGCGCAUGGAAGAACCAUGUUUGUUGCAUGGCACAUGUUGCGCUGCUUUUUGUUUUGUUUUUCCGUCCAGCUGUUGCCUGACAAAUGUGAAUCCCUUCGCGCAAGCAGCAGUAAGCCCCAGGGUUGAUCAGAUGGCUUUUGCAUUGACGAAUGUGAAUUUUGUGAAAUGAUGAAUUGGGUGGGCUUCCAGCAAAGCUUGGCAAGAUUUGUGACGGUUGGCGCUUGACCAUGGGGUUAUGUGGACAAAUUGGCGCCACAAGGCAAAUUUAAUUGGGUGUCCAGCAGAGCUUUGUUUCGGCUUUCGCUUGGCGAAGUUAUGUGGAGAAAUCGGGCGGGGUCAUAAAGCCAUGGCAGCGCUGCGACAGGAGCGGCACGUGGUAUUGUGCAUGCAUCCACCAUUGUGUCUUCUAUGCCGUGUACAGGUGUGGAGCCGCCGUGCUUUGCUGGAGGAUUCGCUGUCUCUCCUUGGGUACCGUACCGCUCUUUAUCAGUCUGCAGGCGGAUGAAUGUUCUCUGCCUCGUGCAUCACGUCUGGCAGCCAGCUUAGAGGGUAAUGGGCAUGCUGUCUUGUGUGCUUGCUUAUCACUCACUGUACCGCUUGUACGUGUUUGACGUUGCAAGCUUGGAAGCAUCAUUCAAGAGCUGGCCUGUUUGAAGAUACUACAUGUGGGAUUUUACUACAACGUUGCGAGGGAGCUUGGAAGGCAUUCGAGAGCGCCGGACUGUUUUAAGAUAUUACCUGGGGCAUUCUACUCAGAGGAAAGUCUAUGGCAGUAGUCAUCUUUGGUCCAGCAAAUAACUGAAGAAUGGGGGCUGUUGUUUAGGCAUAUGGAUGUCUAGUGUGCACAGUCCGGAACUUAUCCCACUUGAUGUUCAACAGUGCAACUAACUACUGCAGCUGGCAGUGGGUCUCAAGCAUAGUGGCAAGGAAGGUCCAGUUUAAUGGGUGCCUGUGGAGUUGUUCGUGGUUUCAAAAGGGGCAUCUGAUUGUUCAUGUGGUUGGCAACUUGGCAUGCCGGAUUGAAGUGCAAAUGCAUGGAAGGUCAGGAAGGCCAUGGCUUUGGAGGUGUUAAGGGUGGUUUCAAAGGCAUCCGUAGUGUUGUGUACGUCUGUUUGAAACACGCUGUCAGCGCAACUCAGCUCCAUUGGAGUUGAGAGUCCCGCAAUGGUUCUGCAGCACCUUUCCUUGCAGAUGGACCGCAGCGUUACCUUUCUGAUCAUUCCGAUCCGAAUCACGUUUUCUCUGUCUUGUGGAAUUGAGCUGGGAUGUUAGUCCAUAGGAGGAGGAGUUGGAUGGGGUGUUGGGGUUGGCUAUCGUCAUCGACAUGCCAACGUUUCUGCAUAAGAAGAUUGAGCAACAUGAGGAAACUGAACUACUCCUAUCUCCUAUGGAGGUAAGAAGUCUUAUCAUCUUUACACCUUUCUAACUCUACCUACUGGAUGAGACGCCAUUUCAGUUGGCCCCACAGGCCACGAGCAGGUCCGCCGGCGGUGAAAGUUGAAACCAGUCGGGGUCCCACGAGUAGUUGGUUGGUUGGGUGGGUGUUGAAACCAGUCCAUUUGCCAAAUGAGAGUAACAGCCGCCUGGCAACCCUUCGGCGUGUUAUAAUAAUGUGGAUGCGAUUCUCUCGGCGCCGGUUGAUCUACCUCUGUGGCGUGUGGUCGAAAUGGUUGAACUAGCAGUACGUUUGCUAAUGUGCCUAGUCACAGGCUUAGUGAGUGAAUCUUCACCUUUUGUUCAAUUGAGCCCAUCAAAAUGUGUGUGUGUGUGUGUGUGUGUGUGUGUGUGUGUGUGUGUGUGUGUGUGUGUGUGUAGAGUUGUGUGAAACGUACAAAAAUCGCCAGUGUAGCCUAACGAGCAAACAGGAAGCUACCUGCACUGCAGGCUUUGGACAGAAGAGAGACGCAUUAUUUAUAUCUUCCAGUUGGAAGGACCACAUGAAGGCAGGUUGAGUGCUGCAUCUCUCUGCGCGAGGCACAGGUGAAAUACGUUAUCGUCAACUGGGAGACAAUAUGACUGGUUAGUGGCUCAAUUGUGCACACCUAUGUUACAUGCCCAGUUGGGCGAUGUACAUAAUAACCGAGGAUCCACAAUGUGAUGAAAAGUACUGAAUGGACAAUGCAGUGCAAGUAGAAUCUCAACAAGCAAUGUGCAUUCCGACACAUACAAAAUGGUGCUAAAUAGCGCAAGGAAGACUUAGAUCCAAAUCCUGACCUGACCGGGACUGACCUCAUUCACGUAGCACAAGAUAGGGAAGCAGAAUGCUAGAAUGCAAAUGACUAG